ACUCACUCCCAUUCAGCUCCAAGCUCCUUGCUAUAUAUACACACAACACGCUUGAGACAGUGCACGGCCAGAAAAAAGACGAGACCAAAUCAAGCAGGAGCCUGGGAUCCAGAGAGAGAGAGAAAGUGAUAGAAGUGUGGUGAUGGGGAGGCCGCCGUGCUGCGACAAAUUGGGCGUGAAGAAGGGUCCGUGGACGCCCGAGGAGGACAUCAUCCUGGUCUCCUACAUCCAGGAGCACGGCCCCGGCAACUGGCGGUCGGUGCCGGUGAGCACCGGCCUCAUGCGCUGCAGCAAGAGCUGCCGCCUCCGCUGGACCAACUACCUCCGCCCCGGCAUCAAGCGCGGCAACUUCACAAGCCACGAGGAAGGCGUCAUCGUCCACCUCCAGUCACUCCUCGGCAACAGAUGGGCAGCGAUCGCGUCAUACCUUCCGCGGAGGACGGACAACGACAUCAAGAACUACUGGAACACGCACCUCAAGAAGAAGCUCAGGAAGCAGCAAGCCAUGGGAGCCAUCUUCGCGCCGCCGGCGUCCUCCCCCGGCACAGCAGGCGACAACUUCGACCACCGCCACCACCAUGACAUGAUCUCCAGGGCCGACGGACACGGCGCCGGCCAGGCGUACAUCAACAUGGAGGUCUCGCAACUGAUCGCCGGGCGUGGUCAGUCGCCGUUCGCCGCCGCCGCCGCCGAGGCCUGCUCCUCGUCAUCCUACGCUUCGAGCGUGGACAACAUAUCCAAGCUACUCGGCAGCUUCAUGAAGAGCUCCCCGCCGCCGCCGCCGCACAACAGCUACGACGCCGAUGACGUCAAGCCUGUGCUGCCUUUCGACAGUAUGUCCGGCACCGGCAGCGCCGAGCUGAGCUUCACCACCAGCGUGCAGCAGCCGGCGCUAAUGGAGGCAGGCGUCGGGUACGGGUAUGACGACGAGAACGAGACCAAGCCGCAGCAGCAUCAGGCGCCGCUGUCUUCCAUCGAGAAGUGGUUGUUCGAUGAGGCCGCAGAGCUGGAGCUGUCCGACGAGUGCUACUCCGUUCCAAUGCUGUUCUAGCUAGCUAGCUAGCUGGGAAAGUAAAUUAAGAAACAACGUCGUCACACCCCACACGCGCACAAGCAUACUGUGUUAAUUAGGUCAAUUAUUUUUUGUCACUUCUUGUUCUAGGAGAUACCUAUGCUUCCAUCCAUGUUUGAUACACACACAAGUAAUGAGUCAAGCCUCUAUCAUGCAAACAAAACAAAACAAAAAACUUUGGUAA